GAACAGGGCCUGUUGAGUUUCAGAAUAAUUAUUACAUCACGGUCAAUGAAAAGCUCACCCAGCCAGAUGCAGAAGCACAUUGUUCAAAAACCUACAAGGACGGAACCUUGUACAGUUUUGAAGAUGGUGCAACAAAUGUAAUGGGAAAUUAUUGGACAGGCAUUGUGUAUAACGAGCGAACGAAUAGACAUGAAUUUGGUAAUGGUACAAAAUUUACAUUUGCCAAUCCAAUUAAAGGUCUUAAUAACGGAAGAAAGCUAUGUUUAGGGCGAAAAAAAAACGAAACAUCAAUUGAAUUUCAUACUUCAAAGUGUUGCAAUGCUGAGAAAAACUUUAUUUGCAAGUCUCCACAAGAACAAGCAAUAAAUG